UUGGCACUUGGCAGGAUGAUACCGAGAACCCUGAUAAUGAGGCACAGAAAGGUGAGUAUUAUACAGUCUCCAUCUCAGGAACCAGGAUAGAACUGACAUGCCCUGUGGAUGGUGAGAUAAAUUGGGAAAAAAAUGACAAAGUAUUGUCUGAAGAGAAUGACAAACUUCUGGUGCUAGAGAAUUUUUCGGAAGUUGAGGACAGUGGCUACUACGCCUGCUACUUAAAGGACUCACCGAAGAACACAUACCUCUAUCUGAAAGCAAGAGUGUGUGAGAACUGUGUGGAGGUGGACCUGACUGCAGUAGCCAUAAUCAUCGUCGUUGACAUCUGCAUCACUCUGGGCUUGCUGAUGGUUGUUUAUUACUGGAGCAAGAAUAGGAAGGCCAAGGCCAAGCCAGUGACCCGAGGAACCGGUGCUGGUGGCAGGCCCAGAGGGCAAAACAAGGAGCGGCCACCACCUGUGCCCAACCCAGACUAUGAGCCCAUCCGCAAAGGUCAGCGGGACCUGUAUUCUGGCCUGAAUCAGAGAGCAGUCUGA